AUGGAGGCGGCCAACAGGACUGGCGCAUGGAAGACACCGGCACAAAUUAUUGAGACACUGCGUCGCAGGACGCCCGGAACAUCCAUCAAUCAUACCGACUUUGGCCCGCUGAACAAAUGGCCCAUCGCCAUUAGCGUCGAAACGAAGAGACCCGGCGAGUCGGGCGAGAAGGCCGAGCUGCAGGUGGGGGUCUGGCAGGCCGCACAGUGGAGGUUGCUCGAAUGGCAGCGGCAGGAGCAACAGAAUAAACUACAAAUUCCACGGCAUUCACAACGAUCGCUGGCCGCUAUGGACAUGGAAGACGAGAUAGGUGAAGGGGAGGCGGGGGUCCGCGUCCUGAGCCAAGAUAUUGCUGCCGUUACCGCACCUAGCCAGAUCUCAAUACCUCCUUCGGUUACACCUGAUUUAGCUUUUCUCCCGGCACUUAUUAUCGUCGGCCAUAAUUGGAAGUUCGCAGCCACAACGCGGGAGGAUUGCGAUGGCGGCCGGACAGUACUGUGGACAGAAUCUACGAUUGGUAGCACCAGCAACCUGUUUGGUAUUUACCGGAUUAUCUGGUGUGUCCGCCGGCUGGCAAGUGAUGACGAGAGAUUAACUUAUGUGGAGUUUUGCUGUGCCAAGAAUAAUGGCGACAAGGCAGCCCCCAAAUACCCUCCUUGUUGGAGGUCUGUGGCUGUAUUGAAAGUCGUUGAGAGAUCCUCUGUGCAAAGCGCCUCCACAUCGCCUUGA